AUGGUAUCACCAGCGGGCAACACCGUGUCCGUCAUAGAAAACACCGCCCGGCAGUUCCGGUGUGAGACAUCUGCCGCGAACCCCCAGGCCAUCGUGGAGUGGUACAAGGAUAACGGUACACCGUACAUGACGGAUGACACUGAAAUCACUACCGGGAAAGAGACAGACACUAGCGCAAGUGGUACCCUAAUUGUGACUAUUGGUAAACUGACGUUGACUGUGCAGAGAAACGAUCACGGAGUGGGUGUGUGGUGCAGAGCAACGAACGGCGGGGCUUGGCUGUACUCCUCCAGCGUUGCCUUAGAUGUUCAGUUUGGACCUAAAGUGAAACUUCCUGAGAAUUAUAACAUUUCGGAGGGCAGUGUCGUAAACUUUUCAUGUUCUUUCAUCCCUGGGAACCCUUCUGAUACAUUCUUUAUCUGGACGAGGUCAAUUGACAGCAGGCAAUGGAACAGCCAGUUUUUCAAUAUUGCUUCCGUGCAGAAAUCAGACGACGGCAUGUACACAUGCACCGCGACAAACCAGAUGACGCCCACUGGAUCUCCCGGCCAGACUGGAAAUCAUAGCGGAACCAUGCACCUUAAUGUUCAGUAUAAGUCAAGCGUAACAGACUUUCAUGUCACUAGGAACAUACACGAAGCAAACAUAACACAAACAGAGAAAAACAGUACGACGUUAAGCUGCACGGUGGAUAGCAAUCCUCCAUCAACCAUGAAAAUUAAAAAGGACGGUGAACUGAGGAAAUCCGUCGAUUACUCAAAACAGCUUGACUACACGAUUACAAACCUGUCAUGCACGGAUGCUGGGCUUUACACUUGUGAUGCCAGCAACAAGUUUAAUUUUGACAAACCUUCAGCAAAGGACUUACAUAUGUAUGUUACAUGUUCACCAAGGCGCCCUCCUGGCCAGGAUAUCAAGUUGAACUUUACAGCUCGAUUACAUAAUAAUGUAACACUGCAGUACAAUGUGGUUGCGUACCCAGUCCCGAUCGCCUCACAACCUUUUGCUGAGAUUCCUGGUUAUAACGCUGCCGUAACGAGCGAAACUAUAUCAGCAAAAACCAACACACCUGUUUACGACGAGUUGAGUGUUGGAAAUGAAGGGUAG